CUGUUCCUUCCAUUAACUCCCCAAGUUGAAACCCUAGAAUUGAAAAUCCAAGAGGGUUCUUCGAAUCGUGCUAUCAUCCACCGCUCGUUGAUUCCGGGCAAGACUUCCGACCUGAAGGCUAGAGGGAAGGAGUCCCCCAAAGCGCCGGAGUCAGCUAAACCAUCCAAGGCACCAAAGCUCAUGUCGUCCGAGUCUCCUACUGAAUCAACGACGAAGAUGGGAACCUGCGUGCGCUGCCUAGCCGUUGGUGAGCUGAAACUCGUACCCAAGGACGACGAUUCCAAUUAUGUGCUCAAGAGCGACGAUUUCAAGGGCGAUGAAGAAUUGAAGCUCCGUGUCAUCCAUUACCGGAGGAAGAAGCGGAUCAGCGGUUGUUUUUAUGCUGAUUGUCCACCUAAUUACCCUAGUUUCGAGGGAAUCUUCUACUACGAACAUUUCCCCGAAACUCCUGAUAAGAAGCAGAAGCUUUACAAAUCUCUUGAGUUCGCCAUCGGCAAAUAUAACAGAGAGAAGGGUGACUACUACGGUGUUGAACUGAGAAGUGGGGGUAGUAUGGUCUCUAUGCUAUGGUAG